AUGGCGACGACACCUUCAACUCCAAGUGCAGGCGUGGCGCACAAUCUCAUGGAACAGGGAUGGUUUUGGGGAGACGCCGAUCGAUCAACGGUUUCUCAAGCACUAUCUGAUCAGCCCGAUGGAUCGUUUGUUGUCAGAAACGCCAGCCAACCCGGCGAUUACACACUUUCGGUCAAAUACAAUAAUCAAGUGAAGCUUCUUCGUAUUGCCGUCAAGGAUGGAAAAUGCGGAUUCAACACAGACCAGCUGACGCAUGAUUCAGUUAUCAAGCUUAUCGAGUUUCACAGAAACAUUUCGCUUAAUGUAUUCAACGAUUCAUUGGAUGUUCGCCUCUUAUACCCCGUUUCUGUUCGUCGAAAUUCUCAAAAUGGAAAGCCAUUGUUCAAGAAAGGACAUCUUCAGCAAAGAUUGAUUCUAAAUGCAAGGAACGAUACAGAAUGGCGAGAACGGCUGGAAUUAGAGAAUCUGCGAGCAGUUCAUUUGGCAUUUGAGAGAGGAGCUAAGCUCUAUGAUUCUGCUCAUCAGGAAAUGGAAAAAGCAGAGACAUUGUACCAUGCACUGACUCAGUCCAUUCGAGACAAUGAGGUCAAAUUGGAAAAGUUGCAAACUGUUCUGGAAACAGAAUCUGUGGUGGUGAACGAGAGUGCAGCCUCAUUAUCGCAUAGUGAAAUGCUCAAAAAUGUAUUUGUUAAUAACAAAACGUUUCUGGAAGAGAGUAUCAGACGAAUCCAAGCCGAGCUUGAAUCUUCAACAGAAAAGAAAAAGACGCUCUCUGGGAUUUUGGUUGAAAUCUCAACAAAAAAAGAAAACUGGAAAGCACGACUGUACAAAUUGAUGGAACUUCGUGGCGCAGUUUACGAUCAAAUCGAUCCAUCGUUGAGUCACAAAAUGGGAUCGAUUUUGGAUGCUGGAGCAGAGUUGAUCAACAGUGAGCCAACCAAAGUGACACAGCUUUUGGUAGACAUGGAAUUGAAAUGGACACCAGCACAAUUCCUCAUGUGUGGAGCAUCGAAAGAGAACGCUGCAAACGCACUCAUUCAUGCCCGCUAUCGAAUUGCACAACUUGAUAAGGCUGUUGGACUGAAACGGGAACCCAUGGAUGGAAUCUUCCUCAUCCGUGCUUCAGCAUCUCAGUCGGAUAAACUAGUGUUGAGCGUUCUGUAUGGUGAACGUGUCUCUCAUUGUCUCAUUGAACAAAACGAGGAAGGCUGGGGAUUCGAACACAGCAACGUCUACUUGACCACUAUUGCUGACUUUGUUCGAUACUACUCUCACUUCAGCCUGGAAACACACGCAGACGCCAUCAAGACCACUCUCAAAAUGCCUGCGUUUGAUCCGGUUACUAAAGACACUUCUAGACCGUUGCGCAACGGACCAGGACAGAUUUUCACAGCACUUCCGAUAUCAACAAAAUAUAUGGAGAAGGCACUUCUUAGUGACGACCCUACCAAGUCACCAGUGUCUCCAGAGCCAAGACCCGAUUUGUGGAAUUCCAGCUCACCCGACAACAGAUCGACAGACUCUCGACUCGUUCGUCCGACGAGUUUCCCUGAAACCAUUCCAGAAUAA